AUGGCACAGCCCAGGACCAGUAUCCUCACGAACAAAGACGUAACUUCCUACGCCGUGCCCCGGUAUGCCCCAGACAUGGCCGGGUUCUGCCACGGGUACGAGCUUCGCCGGCAUCGCUACGAGCACAAAGCCAACGAGGGUUCGCUCCGCUGCCGCGCCGACUGGGAGACCUUUAUCGGGCCGAUCGAGCGCUGGGGGUCCUGUAAUCCGUGGGAUGGGCACUUCGGGGCCGUGGUCUUGCCAUUCUGCAGGCUGGAGAGGUUGGCGGUGCUAAACAUGGAAACGGACAACGUCGGCCUCGACGAGACACAGUACCGCACCGUGCGCUCCAUUCUGGGCACCAAACAGAUCCAGUCGAAGAUGCUCCUCGAGCUCCUCUCCAUCGACGCCCCCUGCGCCGAAGUGGUGAUAGACAGCUGGAAAACGAUGGUCUCGACGACGGCAAAGCAAGACAAGAAGCGCGUGUUUGGAAAUUUAGACGAAUACGUCGAUUUCCGAAUCGUUGAUACCGGAGCUCCCUUUGUCGACAUGCUCAUGCGGUUCGGUAUGGGAAUCCUCUUGAGCGAAGACGAGCAGAGGAUGGUUGAGCCGCUGGUGAAACCGUGCUAUGCGGCCCUAGGGCUAGCGAAUGAUUACUUCUCAUUCGAUAUUGAGUGGGAAGAGUUUCUGCAGGAGGGUGAUAAGACCACCAUGACGAAUGCCGCCAAGGAGCGGGUGAGAGAGGUUACGAAUAAGUAUGAGCAGCAGUAUCAGCAAAAUGUCGAAGAGUUUGCAGCCGGUCCAGGCAAGGAGAGACCGCAUCUUUUGGAGUAUCUUAAGGCAGAAGGGUAUCAGAUUCCGGGCAAUGUAGCAUGGAGCUUGAGGUGUCCACGGUACCACCCCGAGCUAUGUGAGACUGCAGGGGCGCUCCUACGAGAAGAUCAGACGAUUUCAACUGCUCUAGAAGAUCCAGCGUUUGCGGACGAAAGACCCGGGGCUAGUAGCAGCGGCAGGAGCAACAGCAGGAGCAGAAGCGCCUCGGACUCAGACUUGUCCGAUGCAUCGCCUACAUUCUGGUCGGAGUAUUCGAGGUCUUCGCAUCUUCUCGGUCCAGCCGAGUACAUCAGCUCCCUUCCCUCCAAGGGAGUUCGGGAGGCCUUCAUUGAGGGGCUCAAUGUCUGGCUCGUCUUGCCCGACCAACGCGUGAACGAACUGAAGAGUAUCGCGCAGAGCCUACAUAACGCAUCUCUCAUGCUUGACGACAUCGAAGACCAUUCACCCCUCCGCCGCGGCCGUCCGGCAACGCAUACGAUCUUCGGGGCAGAGCAGACGAUCAAUUCGGCAAAUUACCUCCUAAUCGACGCGAUGCAGAAAGUGCGGGCUCUGGAUGACCCGGUCUGUUUGGAUAUCUACCUCGAGGAGAUGCACAAUUUGUUUGUGGGACAGAGCUUUGACCUCUACUGGACGAGGCAAGGACAGUGUCCGAGUGAGGACGAGUAUCUGGCCAUGGUGAGGUUGAAAACAAGCGGUCUCUUCCGCCUCCUCACGCGGCUGAUGGCGCAGAUUGCACCGGUCCAGAGGGGACUGGAUAGACGACUCUCAAACUUGAGCGAUAGCCUCGGCGAGUUCUUCCAGAUCCGCGACGACUACAAGAACCUCUCCUCGGAGUACACCGGCCAAAAGGGGUUCUGUGAGGACCUCGACGAGUGCAAAUUCUCCUUUCCGCUGAUCCACGCGCUGAAUACGCAGCCGAAAAAUGUCCAGCUUCGCGGAAUCCUGCAACAGUCGCGGAGCCCGGGAGGUCUUGAUAUCCCGCUUAAGGAGACGGUGCUGCAGCACUUACGGGAUGCUGGAAGCCUCGAGUAUACAGAUAAGAAGAUGCAGGAGCUGAUGGAAAGGAUCACGGGUGGAAUUGUGGAUAUUGAGAAGGCGAGUGGUGUGAGCAACUGGAUGGUGAGACUGCUGAUUCACCGGCUGAAAGUAAUCUAUCAGAAAAGUAAAUCCACAUCAACUAAUACUCAUAUACGCAAUACAUAUACUACGCUCACGAAAAUGCCAUCAAAGAGGAUCCUCAUCGUCCUCAGCGACGCCAAUUACUUCCCCCUCAAGAAACCCGCCGGCUCAGGCGAAGGCUCCAGCUCCAACAGCAAGAUCGUCGACCAACCCUCUGGAUUCUUCCUGAUGGAGCUCGCAAAGCCUCUCCAGAAACUCCUUGACGCUGGUCACGAGGUGACCUUCGCCUCACCUGAAGGCCGAGAACCCCAACCCGAUCCCAAUAGUGAAUCCCUUCUCGCAUUCGCAGGGAACUUCUACGAGCGCCGACGCGAAAACGAGCUGCUUGAGCGCAUGAAGAAGGAGAACGGGUUCACAAAGCCAAGGAAACUCAACAGUAUCUCCGAUGACGAGCUGAAAAAUUUCGCCGGGGUCUUUAUCCCCGGCGGACAUGCUCCACUUGCGGAUCUGGGCGAUAACAAGGACCUCGGUCGGAUAUUAGAGUAUUUCCACAAGGAAAAUAAGCCUACUGCCGCGAUCUGCCAUGGUCCGUAUGCUUUGCUCAGUACAAAGGUUUCCGGGGGCGAGUUUGCGUACAAGGGGUACAAGAUCACGAGCUGGAGCAAUGCGGAGGAGAAGGUGAUGGAGAGCAUGCUCGGGGGCGAGGUUGAAAAGGUCGAGACGGCGCUGAUGAAUGCUGGCGCCGAGAUGGUCGAGGGAGCGAAGGAGAAGGUUGGACAGACGACUCUGCAUCGGGAGCUGCUGACGGGUGGGAAUCCGAUGGCAGCGGAUGAGCUGGGGAAUCGAUUUGUGAAGAUGAUCAGUGUCUAGAUAUCACUUACGGUUACCUGAGCCGGACUUGGUAUAAUGAUUGGUAGUUGCAUUCAUGGAUAAUUAAAUAUGAUGAACAGGUUCAUCGCCAAU